AGGCCAGCUGCAGAAGGGGCAGGACAGGCCUGCAAAGCAGGGGGAGAGCAUGGAGCUCCGGGAGGUGUUUGAGGACGUGGCAGUGUAUUUCACACGGGAGGAGUGGGAGCUGCUGGAAGAGGAAGACGAGGGGCUUUACUGGGACCAGGUGCUGAGGAACUACCAAGCCCUCAUUUCCCUGGGUAAAGCUCUGGCUCUUGCCUCUCCCCGCAGCCAGGUGAGCUCUGAAUUGCUGUCGUCUUCUCCCUGGUUUUCAACAGUCUUGUACUCAUGAGCUUUUGGCAGGUGGUUUGAAUCCUCUUCCCCGCCCCGCACUGCUCUGUCAGUGAGCGGACCUCUCUGGCAUUUCGUGCUGAAAUCUCCUCCUUCCCCGAUCCAGCCGCCUUCCCUGGAGUCUUCCCCAUUCCUGGAGCUCCUGGUGUCACAGUCAGCACUUUCUUGGCCAAGGAUCUCCUUUUGACUUCUCAGCCUGUUCGUACCAUCUCCGAUUCACUGUGCCUACAAAUUCACUAACAGCUGUUCAAGCCCACUCUCCCAUUCUCACAAGUCGUCUUGUCCUCCUAUAGUGCACCUGCGUGUCACACACCCAUCGCUAUUAUAGAAAGACUUGGGCUUGGUGCAGGGCGUAGUGAAAACCAGGUUUCAUUUCCAGAAUAUCUGUAAUAGAGGGGCUUGUUGUGUCUCGUG